AUUACUACAAGGAGCAAUUCACUGAAGUGCAAUUUUUGAUCACCAUAUCGAUUCUUAGCCUCAAGUUGGAAAAAACUUUGGACAUACCGGAUUUUCUCGAAAAAACUCAAGAUGAACUGUUCCAAAUACUCAACGAGUACCAGGGCACCGACGUGUUUCCAGUUAUCGAUUUGCCGAGUCUCCACGCACAGAGGUUCCCGUCUCCGGAGUGGCUGGAAAACCGAAAGCUGGAACACCUGUGGCCGUACGUUCUUCUGGUGAUUGCGUUUUGUUUUUUGUUGCCAUGCAACAGCGUUGUCAAAAGGAUGACGAUCGAAAAGGAAAGCCCUAUAUUGAUUACUAUGAAAGUAAAUGGACUACCGACUUGGAGACAAUGGGCCGCCUGGUUUUGCGAGUUGUGCGUUUAUUUGAUCAUCCUGAGUUUAAUAAUGAUAUCGCUGCUAUCAAAUGGAAUUUUUUCAAACACCAAUCCUUUGGGACUAAUAUUUUAUUUUUUGGUUUACGCCAUUACAUCUAUAAUGUUCUGUUUUGCUGUGGGCUCAUUUUUCUGCAAUGUCGAGAAGGCCUCGGCCGUGUUCAUUUUGCUGUGGUUGUUUUCGUACGCGCCCUACAUGAUGAUAUUCAAGAGCUACGACAGCCUGACCUUGGGGCAUACGCUGAUGUCGUCCUUAUGGCACACCACCGCAAUGGCGCACGGCAUGGGGUUGAUUUUAAAGUUGGAAGCGCUCGAAAAGGGUUUUCAGUUGCACAACGCGUUCACACCUGUCACCACGUACGAGUACAUUAGCGUUGGAGGCUGCAUGGGCAUAAUGCUUUUUGACAGGGACCACCAUAUUGAGAAAAUUAAUUGGCCACCUUUGUCUCCGGAUAUGAAUCCUAUUGAGCAUGUGUGGAGCAGGAUAAAAUUGAAGAUGAAAGAGAGGGAAGAAGGCAUGGAAAAUUUGGAUGAAUUGGUAAAUGCUAUUCAGGAAGAAUGGGGUACCCCAGAAAUUUCUAAGGAACUUGGUCGAGGGAAUGCCCAGGAGGGUUAA